AGCCAAAUUUCCUUUGGAUGUGUGUGUUAUAAUCUCUCAGCGCUUAUCCGCCAUUACAUUUUGUCGCGACUGGGCAAGUUUUGGUUGCUUUUUCUCUUCCAAAGCAGGGAAAGGAAUCGGUGAGUGUUUAAAAUUGCUAUCAAGUUCUUUGGUCUGCCAACUAGCUUCUAGUUGGUUAAGUUCGAAACAAGUGUAACACAAGCCGUACAUCGAGCCUGUGCUUUUUUAAUCGCCCAGGAGGUCGUCUUCCUAUUAUAUGUUAUUCUGACACAGAGAUGAUUUUACAAAAUAGGUUUUCAGAAUUUAAACUGAGAAUUUCAGUUUCUCUCCUGAGCAUUUGAUGGCGUGAAAAUGUCUUACUGAAUAUUGUGAAUGUAGCCAUGUAUUUCCAAAGUGCUUCGUUUACAACUAACUUGCAGUUGGAAAGAAUUUCUCGAUCUGAAGCAGAGCUUUAUCUGUUUGCAGUUGUGUAUUUCUUUUUAUUGCUAUCAAUCAAGCCACUAUUUACUCGACAGAAAAUAAGUUUUACUGGAUAAUCGAAGAAAAAUUCAAAUAAUUCUCCGAUAUGGUUUAACUUCUUUGUGGGCGACCUAAUGCAUAUUCAGAACUUGUACAACAAAGCUAGCCCACAAAACAUCUUUUUGCUCGAUUUCUACGUCUGUCUGGUUGAUAUAUAAUUCAACAAAACUUUCUCUCAGAGUUCAACAGCGGGAAUUGAACCGAAAAUCGUUUAAGAAAUCUUAAUGGAGCUCGUUUUCGCCAGCAGAACUCUACGGAGCGUUUAUUGUUUUUGUAAGCGAAUCUUCGAGGCGUUGAGGUGCGAAAACGCGAAUAGAUGUAAGAAUCGCUGCGUAUUUGAGGUUGCUGUACCCAUUUUUCAAAGUAUUUCUAGUUUUAUAAGGGUGAAGAGAUUCACCAGAAAGCUGGGCAAAAGUGUAUCGAAGUUCUUCGGAAAAACCGGAACAAAAGUUCGAAGCCCUUCUUCAUGCAUAAUUCUGAAAUGCCACAUGUCACAGCAAUUUGGUAUCAAUUUUUAAUCUUACAUGUAAAAUGCGAGGCAUUGAAAAUUUGCGAAAGAAAUAACCACGGCAGAUUCUCUAACCGCUGCUACUUUAGGUCAUCUCUGAAAGGCUAGUAACGAACAGUUGUGAAAUGCAUCAAGAAGGAACGUCCAGCAGGACCCGAGGAGAGUUGCAUGUUUUAAGCCGAGGUGGUGUUAAAAUUUCUAAUUUCUGAUGUAGGGUUUUGUGAAGUGCCUUACUCUGAUUCUUCCUCAUGAACAUUUUUCUUAACUUUAAAGAUGGAAGUUAAUGUUUUCAGGCUAAGAAAAGGUACAUAAUGUUUAUAUACUGGCACAUACAAGGUAAUUGGAGAGUAACAUGUCUGUUGAAAGCCUUCUGAAGGUUUCGUGAGGAUGAGAUUUCUUGAAGGAUCAAAACAAAUUUUGUUCCGCAGGCCUCAAACAAUAAAAUUGACCAUGAAUUUUAAAAUAUCGCUUCUAAAUUGGCGGAGCCUGUUGGAGCUCACCGCAUUAUCAUAUGAAUAAAGAAUCGCUAUCUUCGAUUUUAAACAAACAUUUUAUUUCUUUUUGUUGGAGUUUUAUUACUCAGGUUCAUGCAAGCUUGUUCAGCAGUACCCCUGUGGUUUUUUCCCUAACCUCUUAAAAAAGGUUUCGGGUCCUGAGCAUGUAUUCAUUUAUUCGUAUUCAAGGCUGUUAUUUUAAGUGAUUCUGUUCCCCUUUAAAGUGUGGAUACUGACAUAGAAUAAGCAAAUGAUUUUUCCUUAUUUUUCUGCUUUGAAACUGGCCAGGCUGACAUACAAUUUGGUAUUCAUGGUAUGGGACAACAUCAGCCAAUUAGUGUCAGAGUUAUAGGGGUUUCAAAUGACCAUGUUUGCCCUAAGGCAGAAGGUACAUUUACAUGUAAGUCAUAUAAGGAAGGGAAAAUGUUAUCGAAAACAACUUCUCCUAAAAAAAACAUAAUCUUAAAUAAUUUUUGGUUUCUCAUUUGAAAAAUUGAAGAAAUCUGAAUAGAACAUGAAAAAAUGAAAUUUAAUCAUUUAAUAAUUUUAGUGAAAUUAGCAGAUUGUAGCUCAAAAAUGCUCAGAAGCUUGGUUACAUAUAGCGAUCAAAGGUCAACAGAAGAGUAAUUUAAUUUUCAAUUGGUAAUGAUUUCAAGUGAAAACUUAACACUUUGACCUUUGAACUCAGGAGAAGAUAAAACUUCUACCUUAAUUUCCCUGCAUAGAAUACUUGCAUUUAGAAAAUGGUCAUUCUACAAGCACAAUGAAUUGGUUUCCCAUAUGAACCAGGCCCAUUCUAGCUGAAAUGAGUAGAAAUAUAUCCAAAGUGCAGAAUUUGACCUCUACAUGCAAUUCUAACUUGCAAUCAGGCAUUCUUUCUUUUUGGGUGGGGAGCAUGAAAGUCAGUAGAUAGUCAAACAAUAACUGCCUGAUUGCAGGUUGAUGCAAUUCAUGAAGAGUGAAUAGAUGGCUCCAUAAGAAAUAACACUCCCAGAUUUUAAACCCGCAUAUCAUUAAAAUACUGUAAAUCCUUCGGUUAGCACCCAGUGUGUACAACAUUAGAAAAUACAGCUAUUUCAAGGAAGGUUGUCGGAAAAAAUGUGCACGCGACAAUCCCGAAAGGUAAUAUGGGAUACGAUCAUUUUACUGUUCCUGACACUGUAGCUGUCGAACCUACCUUUGUUACUUUCCUUUAGCACUCGCAAACAUACGUCCAUGGCCUCUCAUGCCAUUCUCUCAAAUUUCUUUGAAGAACAGUGAACUCAAAACCACCCACAAUACCUUUCGGGAUUGUUGUGUGCACUUUUUCCGACAACUUUUCUCGAAAUAGCUGUAUACAUGUAAACACAGUGGGAUCAUCCUACAUUAUCAGAUUAAAAUUUAAUCUGACAAUGUCCCCUAAUGUCUCCCCUAAGAAAGAUGGUUCUGAAUACCUACAGUUUUGUAGCUUCUCUCUGGAUAGUUACUUGAGUGAAAAAAGUUAAUAUAACGUAUUUCUUCCACCACAUGAUGUGGUACAUGUACAUGGCCCAUUUUUCACUCAAAUUUUCCUUUACAGUCAAUCAGGAAAAACUCUGUCUGAGAGAAGAAACAUGCCUCCAGGAGCCAAAAGAAAAAAGACUGAAGACAUUUGCCAUGGAAGUUUUGUCUGCAGCGGUCCACGUUACAUCACAAGAUUGUACGUAAGGGAAAGAAGAAACAGCGGCAUUGAAAGCACUGGCCCUUACUUUGGGAGCCUUCCACCAGAAAUGCUCAACUUCCUGCUUUCCUUCCUUGAUGCACCAGCUUUAUCUUCCUUAGGAUCAACUUGCCGUGUAAUGAACUCUCAUGCCAAACGCAUCUGGAAACCUCUGUGUGCAAGACUUGGCCUGGUGCACAAGCCCACGGUACUCUGCGUUGCAAAUCCUUUGAAUGAAUUAUCUGUGUUUUCUUAUGAUAAAGCUGUUGAACUUUGCCAGGGUGAUAAUUGUUGGGAAAUCAUGGCAAGGAGAAAUUGGCUGUACUCAAAGUGGAGAUGUGUUGUGUGCUAUCGGAACUGUUCUCAUCGUGUUGAUGUUCAUUUUGAUGUAACACUCUGUGAUAGCUGUCAUCCUUUGUUCUACAGGCGAAAAUGCCAUGCUAAGGUAAUGCUCCUACAUUGCGUCAUAUCUUUGCUGGACUUAUUUAGCUCACACAUUUUUAAAUUCUUAAAGAACAGGGCACAGCUAGCCAGCUUAACUUAAUAAUUAUUGUAUUUUAAGUUUUGUACAUACGAUCUUGUAAAUACUGUACUUUCUCUUUUCAUCAAUAUUUGUCUAUUUUUUUGAUAGUGUAUUUUUAUUGUGAAUAUUGGAUACAUAUUUUUAUUUUUUAGUUAUAAAUUAAGCAACAGAUGAAGAGCCACAAUAUGAAAACACUGCUUUUAAACCAAUUACUUACUUACCUACUUAACAAAUUUAUGGCAUAGUCUACAGUAUAGUACAGUACAGUAACUCUCCACAAGGGCUUUUCAGAGUGUAAUUUGCAAUAAUAUUGAUGAAGAAAACAGAAAAAUAACAAUAAAUUAGAAUAAACUUACAAUUUAACAAUUCAGGAUAAUGUCUUAAGCUACUAGAGGAUAAAGAGGUAAUUAAUACAUAAAUUAAAAUACUAAUUCUACCACAAUAUCCAAAAUUAUCUUAGAAAAAAAUACUAUGCAAUUCAAGACUCGUAAUCUGUACAUAAUUUGCAUUUAACAUUAAUUUGUGCUUAAAACUGGAUAGUUGUUUACUGAAUGAAAAUAAAAAGAGCUUUGAGCGGUGGUCAUUUUACACUGAGGAAGAUAAAAAAUAAUUAGCCCUUUUUCUAGUAUUGUGAUUAUGCAUGUCUGAUCUCUUGCUAAUAAUUUUUCUUUAAUACGGCCGGGCAUAUAGCCAUUUACAAUUUGUACAUUUUGUAUAGCACCAUGCACCAAAAAGUAGCAAAAGUUGUUCUAGUUAUCUGUUAGUCUGUUUCUUCACUUCCUGGUUGAGGUAUAGUAACUGACAUACAUGUACAUGGUGUACCAAAAAUGGUCCCUUUUAUUCUAUCCUUUAUGAAGUUUUCUCCAGAGUAGCACGGUGACUUUCCCAUUGGUAUUGGUAUUCAUUGGUAAGGCAAACAGCUAAUCACAGGAAAAGAAAAUAUGCAUUCUGUACAAACAAUAAACAAUAAGUUAAAAAACAAAUUUGCCUUGUCCUUUCUACAGGAGCAAUUCAGUCUGACAGAAAGAGAUCUCAGGACCAUAGAUAAUGAUUCUUAUGAAUUCCUAGUAUCUGAUCUAAUAACUAUUGCAAGAAAGAAAUAUGGCAGCAAGGAGGCUUUACAAGACAGACUUAAUCAUAAGCAAAGACAGAAGAACAUUAGAGAGGCAGAGAAGCAAUGUGCCUUGGUUCAGAGAGAGCGAGAAGUUAUAAGGGCACUAGAGAGCUUACACAGCUCCUACAGUGAGAUAGAGACAGUUGAUGCACGGUGUAUGCCAUAUGUUAGUACACCUGCUAGUUAUCAGUAUGCACCUCAACAAUCAGCAGAGGAUGCGGCUAAGUGGCUUAUUGGCUGGAAGAACAGACAAGAAACACGGAAUAAGUUACUUAUGGCAGAGAUUGAGGCCAGAUCAUCACGAUGUAAAGGAUGUAGGGCACGAUUUGACUACAGGUGAAUAUAUUACUUCAAAUCAUUGUACACUCAGGCAAACAUUUGUUGAUCAAAGACAAAAGACUAUCAUUCUGUCUGCUGUACAUCCCUCGUUUUUAUUAUUGUUUGUUUGUUUCUGUGUUACCUGUAUUUUGUGUGUUCCCAGAUCAUGGGAUCUUUUCCCAUAAGUCAAAGGACUGAGUCUAAUGAGAAUACCACACAAUUUGUCAUGGUCUCUUGAUAAAAUCUUCCAUACAGGUUUUUUUUAUCAUUCAAAAAAAGACAGAUGGGAAUUUUGUUUGUGCAAGGUCUAAGUAAUUGUUGUAACAUUAGAUCUCUCUCCAGACUCCCCUCAACAGCACGAUGUACUCACAUGUUGGAGGAAAGUGCAUCCAAAUUAACAGAGCAAAUUAGAGGCAAUUUUCACCAUGACAUUGUUCACUACAAACGGCAUGGACAGCUGUCAAUGGAGACUGGCGUAUAUGACAUGGAGCACCGUUCAGCACAGGAGCUUUUCUUAAGAAAUGAGCGAAGAACAAAGCUAAAGGAGGAACUUGAAGAGAAGAGAGAUCAGUGGCCUUCCAUCCUCAAUGGUAAAAGCAUUCUCCUCUGGAAUAUAAGCACUGACGUAUGCUCCUUAACCCUUACUAGCAAAUCAGGACACUUAUCCACUAGAUCUCCAUAUCCAUUCUUUUUUUUGCUGGCAUUGAUAAGAAGAAAAAAAAAAAUUAUCAGAAACAAUCUUUUUUCAUCAUUUUCCAUCAUCCACAUUACUAUGUGAAGUGCACGCUGGUCACAGUUAAGGCUUGAAGAGUUAGUAUGACAGCAAUUUUGUAAAUUUGUUAAAUCAACAGGACAAAAAGAUCCCAUGAACUGUAACUAUGCACAAGACUUCAUCUACAGAGGUGUGGCCAUUCUGGAUGCUGAUGGAAACAAGUGCCGAUUACGCAAUGCAAGGGACAUCGCCAGGGUGAUUUUGGCAAAGGCACAUGGAUGGGAUUCAAGAUAUGGAGAAGUCAUGAGUGAACUAGCAAAGAAAGGCUUCUUUCCACCAUUUGACACCCUUAAGCUGGAGGGACAUCUGCUUAUGGAUGACUUUGUAGAAAGUUCUGUUGUGGUAAGCCUAAAAUCUUGGUUUAUUUUCUGAAUGAUCUAUAUUGGGAGCUAUUAAAAAAAAGCAGAGCUAAAAGUACCCUGCAGUUCAUAAUACUGACAGCUGAUAAUUGUUUGGAUGGUACCAUUCUGUUUCCAUGCCCCCAAUAUACGUAGCCUUUUUUAGGACUUCAUGUCAUCAUGUCAAGUGCAAAAGAUGAAAACAAUGUGACAGACUCCAGCUGUAGUGCAUACUUUUUUAUCUGCUUGGUGAAUACACUAACACAUGCAAAGAAAUGAUUUGAUUUUAAUAAAAAUAAUGUACUUGCAGAUUCAUGGUGAUAACAUCAUUGCAUGCUCUGCCACUGAAGUUGCCGACAGAAUAGCUGUGAUUGAAGGAUUAGAGGAAGAACAGAAGUCCUCUGCAGCACAGAGAUGUGCUAGGAUUUAUGCUGAAUGCAACCGAAAACCUGGUAAGAACAGCUUCUAUUAUGCUACCAGUGUAUUAUAAUUAGCGGUAACAAAGAUUUACGGAGGAACAGUAAAUCACAGCUCGUGGAGUGUGAUGUAUGGAGGCAACUGGACCUAGACAUCAUAUACCAAUAAUUUUUUUUAUUGGAGUGGUGCCCCUUCUUUAAUGCCAAAAUGGAGUGUUGUCUUUUCUGAUUGUUUAAAUUUAGUAUAGUAUAGGAAACACACACACAGUAUCAGAUUAAAUUACAUGUGAUUCAUGAAUCACUUUUGUUAGUAAGUUAGUAAUAAAAUGAGAAAUGUAAUUUCGUUGAUUUUUGCGUGGAUGUGAAAUAUUAUUUUUAACUUAAUUGUAGAUAUUACUGCACUGAGACAGAUAAGAAAAAGCAGUCUGCUGAAAUGUUUGCAUGUGAGGUCAUUUGGUGAAUGUGGACCAGUCACUGACAGGCAGUGGACCCCAGCACAUGAAUACAUCAACUGGUAAGAACCCGAUGACUCCUCUCAGUACAUGUAUGACAAGCGAUACAUAUAGAAAAUAUUAAUCAAGUUCUGGACUGCCACAUUAUAUACCUGCCAACUCUCACACAUCAUGUGCAAGUCUCAUGCCUGCAGACUAAAGAUAUCAACCUUACACAUCAAGACGUUUUUUUUUAGCCUACAACCGCAGACUUAUUUCCAGUUGUCACAAACACGCGUGCUAAAUCAAUUGAGAAACAAAUAAAAAGUAAAUAUCCAGAAGUAGGAAGUGAGAAACCUUUAGCGAGUAAAUCCUCUUUUGUGUAGAAUUGAUGGCCUCCUCAUUUCUUGAUCUAAUCUCCAAGCAAGCAAGACUUACAGCUGCUGUAAGAGCAUUCUUGUUUUUACUAUACUAACAACCAUCUUAUUGUGGCAGAAUGUUCUGUCUAAGUCCAGAGGUACAGUUAGCCUUUAAAAUCUUAGCAUUUGGCAACCAUGAACAAUUAUUUUCCAUUUAUUUAUUUAUUUUUAAUUUAUUUUAUUGCAGUGGAACAACAACAUCACUGUUUGGAUACAAGUUGACAACUUCAGAGGCUGUAGCUGCUCUCAUUAGACUGAAGAAAGAUAUUUGUUCACUACCAAAGACAGUUUAGGAACC